AUGUAUCCGCCGUUGAAAUCAUUACAUUUUCGUGGUUCCAGACGAUUCAGUUCGCCGAGACAUUCGGAAUCGGAAAGUCCAGAUGGCGGUUCUGACAUCAACACAAGUAGAAAAAAUUCAAAAACCGGAACGGAAUCGGACGUUUGUCAAAGUCCGACGGAAAUUCCAAGCAUAAUAAUUUCGGACGAAGAUAAAAAAGAUGGUAAAAUGGAAAGCGAUGAAGAGGCUCCGCUGUCGGAAAGGGCAGCCGUACCUCAUCACGAUUCUUUGGUGUACAAUUGUUCUUCCGAUGCACUUCGACGAGUGCAAUUUCAAAUAGGUGAUAUCGCUGAAGAUCCCAACAGCGCAGAUGAUAAUGCCGUGAAAGACAACAGAGAAUCGGGUGAUAAGAAAAAAAUAUCGAGCGAAAGAAGGAGUAGCAGAGAUAAAAGAAUGAGUAAGGAUGAUUUCGAAAGGACGGACGUGGAAAAAAGAAGGAGAAAACACAGGCAUCAUCAUCAUUACAGCAGGUAUAGAAAAUACAGUUUGCAAGAUGAUUUGGUCGCGAGAACGAGAGUCGGAUCCGAAGUGACACCGUCGGAAAUUUCUAGAAAAAAUAGCAUACAACCCGAAGAAGCUUCCUUGUUGGACGAAGUGGAUGUAGAAAAUUUAGAAAGUAGGAGAUUUGAUGAUUUAAGAAGGUAUAAGGUACCUUUGAAAAAUUCAUCGUUAUCUGUGAUAAGAAUCGGUCGGAAAGAUGGUGAUAAUAUGGAAAACGUCGUGCCUUUAGGUAGUGAUAAGAAAAUGAUCGAUCACAGUCCUCACGAAGUAUUCGUACAAUUGGAUGAAUUGUGCGGGGAAGGAGAUGAAAAAGAGUGGAAGGAGACAGCCCGUUGGAUAAAAUACGAAGAAGACGUGGAAGAAGGAGCCGAUAGAUGGGGUCAACCACACGUUGCAUCUUUAAGUUUUCAUUCGUUGUUAAAUUUGAGACGAUGCCUCGAAACAGGUGUCGUCCUGUUGGAUUUAGAAGAAAAAGAUUUACCGGGAGUCGCUUACAGAGUCGUCGAACAAAUGGUCAUAGAAGAAUUCAUUGAUGAAUCCGAUAAAGCGACGGUUAUGAGAGCACUUUUGCUCAGGCACCGUCACGUCAACGAACACGACAGGUUUAGAUUUGCCAUGAAGAGAAAUUUUUCUAGUUACACUAGUUUGCAAUCAUUCAGACAACAAUCAGAAGGAGAACGUUGUUCUAUAUGCGAAGCUGAGGAAAUACGAAGAAAUUUAAAUCACGAUGCCAAACCGAAAAUCGUACCCUCUCUCGCGAGCAUGGAUCAUUUUUCUCAAAAGAAUAAUUUUGGCGGGAAAGGUGACGAUAAAGCGGCAAACGGUGAUUUCCACCAUCACACGAUCGACAUGAAAGAAGAAUUGACGUACACGUCGUCGAGCGAGGAUUUGAGGAGAGCAGCCAAAGAAAGCAUAUUGAGGAAAAUUCCGAUCGGAGCGGAAGCGACGACGGUACUCGUGGGUGCCGUGGAUUUUCUAGAACAACCGACAAUCGCAUUUGCUAGAUUAGCCGAAGGAAUAUUAAUGCCGUCGAUAACGGAGGUAGCCAUUCCGGUUCGUUUUCUUUUCGUUUUGUUGGGUCCACCACAAUCGGAUUUGGAUUAUCACGAAAUCGGUAGAUCGAUAUCGACCCUCAUGGCUAACGACCAAUUUCAUAACAUAGCGUAUAAAGCAACGAGAAGAAAAGAACUUUUAUCGGCGAUAAAUGAAUUUUUAGAUGAUAGCAUAGUGUUGCCACCUGGGGAUUGGGAAAGGAAAGCGCUGUUGCCAUUUGCCGAACUCAAAGCUAAAAGUGAAGCGAUACGUAAAAGGAAAAGUAAAAGAUUGAAAGAAGCCAAAGCGGAAGGGGAAGCACAACAGAAAGCUCUGUUGAUAUCCGAAGAUGGUAAGAAGCCUCCGCACGACGAUCCGUUGAGAAGAACGAAAAAACCUUUCGGAGGAAUGAUAAGAGACGUUAGACGAAGAUUUCCACAUUACAAAUCCGACAUAACGGACGGAAUGAAUCUUCAAUGUUUGGCGGCGGCCAUUUUUAUGUAUUUUGCCGCAUUGUCGGGUGCCAUAACGUUCGGAGGAUUGAUGGGUGAUAAAACGCACAAUUUAAUCGGAAUAUCGGAAACGCUCGUCGCGACUUGCAUAUCCGGUAUAUUAUUCGCUCUUCUUUCCGGUCAACCUUUGGUAAUCGUCGGUACGACGGGUCCUCUACUCCUCUUCGACGAAAGUUUAUAUUCCUUUUGCGAAACAAACGAAAUAGAUUAUCUCGGGAUAAGAGUUUACAUCGGGAUAUGGCUUGGAAUCAUCGGUUUGAUUGUUGUUUGUUUCGAGGGUAGCGUUUUCGUUAAAAUGUUCACGAGGUUCACGGAAGAAAUAUUUGCCGCACUCAUUUCACUUUUGUACAUCGUCGAAAGUUUGGUUAAAUUAUUUUCGUUGUACAUAAGUCAUCCAUUGCUCAGCCUUUCCGAAUACUGCAGCGACAUGACUCCGCAUAAUUUCAGUCAAGAAUACGUUAACGAUAACGACGCGAUGGUGAAUUUAAACGAGAGCAACGCGAACGAAACGUUUCGAGAGGGAGGCGACACCGUCGACGACUUCAUCAGAGCAUCGCUCCUUAUGAAAGAGGAAGGACCCGUCAAUCAACCCAACACGGCUUUGUUCUGCACGAUCCUCGCACUGGGAACGUUUUUCAUUGCCUACUACCUUCGACAGUUUCGUAAUAGUAAAUUUUUAGGACGAAGCGCGAGAAGAGCACUCGGUGAUUUCGGAGUUCCCAUCGCCAUAGUCGUCAUGGUCAUAUUAGAUUAUUUCGUACCGAGCACGUACACGGAAAAACUUCAAGUACCCGAGGGUUUGGAACCGUCGAAAUCGGAAAUCCGUGGUUGGUUGAUUUCUCCCCUCGGAGUACCCAUAUGGGUCGCCCUAGGAGCAAGCGGACCCGCUCUCCUCGUUUACAUUUUACUAUUCAUGGAAACUCACAUAACGGAACUCAUUAUCGAUAAAAAGGAUCGUAAAUUGAAAAAAGGUUCCGGAUUUCAUUUGGACAUCGUCAUUUUGUGCGUACUCAAUAUAGGAUGCGGAUUCAUGGGAGCUCCGUGGAUGUGUGCCGCGACGGUUCGUUCGAUAGCUCACGUGUCCGCCGUGACCGUCAUGUCUAGGACCCAUGCACCCGGUGACAAACCACACAUAAUUGAUGUGAAAGAGCAAAGAAUGAGUUCGCUACUCGUUUCGGCAUUGGUCGGAAUUUCCGUAUUGAUGGCUCCCCUUUUACGUUUGGUACCCAUGGCUGUCCUUUUCGGUGUCUUCCUCUACAUGGGUGUAUCAUCGACGAACGGAAUACAAUUUUUCGAUCGUCUCAAAUUGUUUUUCAUGCCCGUCAAACAUCAUUCUCAAGCGUCGUACGUGAGAAGGGUUCAAACAAUGAAAAUGCAUUUGUUCACAUUGAUACAAUUGUUGUGCCUCGUCAUAUUAUGGGUUGUCAAAUCGACACCGAUUUCUCUCGCGUUUCCAUUUUUUCUCAUUCUAAUGGUACCACUCAGAGCACAGCUCAGAUAUUUAUUCAGUCCUGCCGAAUUGAGAGCGUUGGAUAGCGAAGAAGUCGAUGCCGAUCCGGAUAGUCCAGAAGACGAACCUGAUUUUUACACGGAAGCUCCACUUCCAGGUUAA